UCGCGCUUCCACUUCCUGAAAUCGUAAGGAUGGCAGUUGCUAGUCAGAGAAUUUUGGUUUUCCAGUGAAAACAAAUUGGAAAUAAAACAAGUUAGCAGAAUUAUAAAUACAUGGGUGCAGAUUUCUCACGUUACAGACAUGAAACUGCCUAGACAGUGUUUAAUUUUUGGAGCGGACAAAGAGUGGAAAUCAGUUGGCUUUGCUGGCAGCUUGUGAAUUGAAUUCAGAGAGCCACGUCUGGUGGGUAAAUAAAUAUAUUUAGGACAGUGCACUACACAAGUGCGAUAUUAAUGGUGUAUGAUCCGCUAUGGCUGUCACCCAAUUCCGUUUAUUCAAAAUUUGCACUUGCCUUGCAACAGUGCUCUCUUUCUUUAAAAGAUUGAUAUGCAGGUCUGGAAGACUAAGAAAGCUAAGUGGAGAUCAGAUAACCCUUCCAACUACGGUGGAUUAUUCUGCUCCCAAACAGCCAGAGGUGGAAGAAUGGAGUUCUUGGGAUGAAGAAGCUCCCACAAGUAUUAAGAUUGAAGGAGGCAAUGGUAGUGUAGUCUCUCAGCAAAAUGGUGCCGAAUCAGAUGAGCCUGAUUAUUUCAAAGACAUGACACCAACAAUCAGGAAAACACAAAAAAUUGUCCUCAAGAAGAGGGAACCAUUAAAUUUCACUUUACCAGAUGGCAAUACAGGGUUCUCUAGCAGACUCGCUGUUACACAGGAUAUUCCUUUUAAUGCACCAUCUGCAGAGCUGGGGGAUUUAGUUAAUUGGAAAGAAAAUUUAAAUGCCUGGGAAGAUGAAUCUAACGCUACUUGGGAAGCUGAAGAUGUAUUAAGGCAACAGAAAAUGGCUGAGAGAGAGAAAAGAGCUUUGGAACAGCAAAGGAAGAAGAUGGAGAAAGAAGCCCAAAGACUAACUAAAAAGGAACAGAAAAUUGCUGUAAAGCUUUCAUAACAUUUAAGGAUCCAAAAGACAUGGUACAUGCUUCCCCAAUAUGAACAGUUGUAUUUCUGUAGAAAGAGUUUUAUACAGUAGUUGCUGUUAAUAACCUGAUGUUCCUUGCAACCUGCAGUCCAGCAGCCAACUUUUAUUUAAGUAAUUUAAAGUUUAGUAGAAAUAACUUGGUUUUAAAACAUCAUAUACCUAGAACACAAGAACAUUUUCACAACUGCAGCCAUUUUCAGGAAUUCCUGUAAAUUUAGCACUGGAUUGCUUGAUCUUUUUAUAAUAUUUGAAACAUGGCAAACAAGAACUAUUUUACCAUGAUGCAGUAUUACAUAUUCAAUUAAUUUAACUGAUAUUCAAAUUUGAAUCUUAAGAAUUAGAAAUUUUUUUAAAAUAGAUUGAGCAUGUGCCUUAGUAAUACAAAACACUUUCUAAAUGUACAAAAUGUAGAGGGUUUUAACAUAACCUCAGAGGCUGAUAAUGCCGUUGGCUUAUGUAAUUCUUAAAACCUCUUGUGACCUAUUUUUCUUUUAGUUCUGAUGUGCACAUCACAUCAUCAGCUAUUGAAAUUUAAGCAAAAAUAUUUGGCUUUUAAUUUCUACUUUUGACUGGGCUUUGGUGUUAUAGCAUGUCAUUGCCCAUUAGAUUAUUUUACCUAUUUUAUGCAAAUGUAUGAACUCGUCUGCUAUGAAAUUAGGCUCAAAGAAAUGUUAAAAGGUUUAAUGCAGUUAUUGUACAUUAUACCAAAAAAGGUCAAAUUGUGAAGGUUUUCUUAAAGCGGAAGUGAACUCUUUUAUACAAAACAAGCUGUUAAAUACACAUUUGCUAUCCGCUUCUAUUUCCUUUCUAUAAGGGGGCUGGCAAUGUUAAUGUGAUUUUCUUUGGCUGUAAUACUGUUCAUUCAGGAUUGUGUCCAUAAGAAAUAUUUAAUUGGUAACUUUGUACAGUAAAACCCAUAACUUGGAAAUGUACAUUGUUUUUCAUAAAUUCAUUUAAUAAACAAACAUUAAGGGCCAUGUAGAAUAACUCUAGCUAAUGGAUUUACAAUGGCUACGCAAAUGAUUGUGUCUCGCCUAGCAAAAGCACUGCCAUUUGGUGUGCAAGGUGUGGCAUGCUAUCAUAGUUCAAAUAAUGUGGAGAUUUCAUAUCCUGGGCACCUCCUUCUGAGUUGAGUUGAUUUGUUCCUUAGGUUGAGAUAAGAGGCAGUUGACUUGAUCGUGGGAACCAAGGUCAUUCUUACUAAUAUGUCAGUUCCUGGACUGAGGCCAUGUUAAAAAUCAAAACAAAAAAAAUACCAAAUAGCUAACAUGAUUUGAUUGGGAAGAACAGGUGCAUGCUGAUCAUAAAUGUGUAUUGAUUUUAUUUUUGCAUUUGUGUUACACAUUCGUUGAUUUAUCUGUUGUGAAAAAGCAAUAAAUGAUCAAUGUUGCUUACUGCA